UUGUUACAUUCGUUCUUCAAGAUCAAUGCAGGGAUGUGUUGGAGUAUAUCAUGGAGCCAGACCCUGAGGAGGAAUCUGUGGUAUGCUCGAAUUCAUAGGCGGGGUGUACUCAGCAGUAUCCCAAAUUAUGGAUUUGAAUUGGCAUACGUUACCAGCAAGACCAAGGUUGAGUUACUUCAAGGACGAUCACAUUCUCCUCAUCGAAACAUGCAGUGACAUACACGAAGCUCCAUUCGGUUACUUGGGUCAAGAACUCUUUGGUUUUUUGCUCGGCUUCACUCACAAUCAACGAGCUUUGUCUACCACGUUAUCCAUGAACUUUGAGCUGGGGUCUAUCAUUCCAGACAUGUCAAUUCGGACUGUCGCAGUGACUCGAGGUCAUUUGGGGCAUAGGAAGGUUCAUGUCAUCGGGGAGUGUGCAUUUGCGCAAGACACAGAUUCGGUUCUUUGCAAAAUCAAGGAAGAAAUUGCCGAGCGUCCAGAAAUCCUGAUGGCCAUAAUGGUUGUUAUUGACGAGCAUCAUCCAUAUCAUUCACCUGAACGUAUGUCAGAAGCAUGGCAGAUGCUACGCCAUGAGACAUCAGCUCGUUCGCCCUCUUCAUUUCAUUCGCUUCAAGGGGAUCCAGCACGAUCUCACGAUAAACACAUAGUGAUCGCAGGUCAUACAUGGUGUCACCUCGCCUCUGUUCAAUUCCACGUUUGGGUCCGGGGAGAUGAGCCGAUCAACGUCGACGAUACUAACAAUGAAUUGCUGGCACGUGGUACAUUGUUUCCAAAUCAAGAUAUGGAUGAGGUCGAAGCCAUGAUCAAGAAGGGCAUGGAGAUGACGCAGGACUGUCUUGCUAAUUUCUCCCAAAAGGUAGCUCCAGGCGGUGACAUUUCUGCCCUUCGAAAUUCCAAUGCUUCUUUGACAUUCUAUUGGCACCAUCUAUUGGCAUCACUUGCAGUGGCAGUUGAGGACACCGCCUAUGCCCGGUACUGCUCAUGGUACAAUUCGUACACCUGAGACACCUCCGCUCUCAACCACGUUUUGCAAGAUCACAAUGACGUUGCAGCUCGGGACCCCAUCAGAUAUUCGUCCAUAUCCCGUCGAUGUCUCCGUGAGCUUGUCAAACUCUGUAGAGGCAAUUGUCCUUCCCAACGUCAAUAUCACGCAGCUACUUAGGCAAAUGGUGAAACAGCUACCAGAGAUUGUG